AGAGACAGUCUGUCGUUCUCCUAGUCACUAUGCCGAGAGAUGGUGACGGUCAAGGUGACAAGGAAAUCUUCAUGUACGACGUGACCUCUGGAGCCGUUAGCAAGCUAGCCGGUGAUCUCUCGACGGCCUUCGUAGAUGCCGCCGAGAGCAACUCUGACGGCACCGAUUCUAUCGACGAUUCUACCUUCUCGACGUUUUAAUUAGUUCAUAAAAAAAAAGCUAUUUCUCGAAAUAUUAAAAAAUGUUUAAUCCACGGUCUGACGCAGAAUUUUUUUUUGAGAGAUUGUACAAUAUGGAUAUAUUCAAGAUUUUGUCUUGUUGCGGGUGUAAAGAAAGUUCUUUGCAUAAUGUAUAAUACUUUCCGACUUUAACUAAAUGAUUUUUACUAAACGGAAUUUAAAACUUUUUUGUCGUUUCGUGAUGAAGGAGAAAGAAUUGAUUUAGGUCUGUGUGUUGCUUAUGCGAUAAUGAAUGUCAAUGGUUAAAUGCUGAUGAAAAACAAUGUAAAAACAAUUAUUUUUCGACAUCGUGUGAUGUGCUUUUUUAUGUGAUUUGGGCAAAAAUGUAGGAAAGAGGAUAAGGAUUUCGGAGUGAGGCGAAGAAUCGCAGCGUGGCAAAUUACUUCGAGUAUCCUUGUAGAUAUCUUAACUAUGUAUUAUUAUGUACAUAUAAGAAUAAUUUUGUACUUUUUUAUACGAAAUAAA